AUGACAGGAAGGAAGUCCAACAAUCUCAAAGCUCCUGGAAAGAAAUCAUAUCGGAAUCAAAGGCCGGAUAGUCCUUACGACUGUCCGCAAAGACAAAUUGACCCUUUCCAGCAACCAAAUUUUCGUCUAAAGCCGGAAGCGAAAAAGGGACACUGGACUCCGGAGGAGGAUGAAACACUCUUGCACAUUGUAAAAAGAUUUGGCCCAAACCACUGGGAAAAGAACUCUAUUCACCAUUCUACUCGGAACGGCAAGCAAAUGAGGGCGCGAUGGCUAUGUCACUUAAAAGAAGGAGUCAACAAAAGCCCAUUCACAGAAGAAGAGGUCAACACUAUUUACUAUAUGCAUGACAUAGAAAAAAAAGGAUGGGCCAAAAUUGCAAAAAGACUUGGCAAUGGACGCACGCCAAGCUGGUGUCAAAACGUAUAUCACAAUAUCGUCGCCAAGAAUCUUGAAAUUUAUCAAAAAUCUGCUAGCAGACGGUUGUCAGACAAAGAAAAGAUGGCGAUAGAUUCUCUUUUAACGGUGAAGCAUAUUGUUGAGAAUAAAAUGGACAUCAAAAUGUUAAUAGAAUAA